AGCAGCUACCAGCAGCUACUGUGAAACUGUGAGUCAAGGCUGGAUGUGAACGUGGCUGGUAGUUGCUUUAACGACCCAAAAUCCUAUGGCCAAAGAAGGCAUACUUAGGGGCUCAUGAGUGUAACCAUUAGUGACGACACGCUUCCGUGAAAUGGCGGAACCCCUUGCUGCGCUGUCGAGCCAAGGACUUUCUAGGGCUCACCAUGUAGCAAGUAACGGAAGAUGUGGCCUUCCGCUUCCUGUUAAGCCACGUGAAAUUUAUGGGCGACAAGGAUGGCGGCCUCGCCGCCGUUCCUCAUUCGUGUUGGGCCACCCCAUGCCGGCAUCGAGCUUGUUCAGGGCAUCUUUUAGCAAAAGGCGCCAUGCAAGUUCGCUUAACCGGGACAAUGUCUUCGAUACCAUUUCGCUUACGGCCCGCGGCGCAGGAAGCGAGGAUGUGCAUGCAAGUAUACUCCUCGGGGCAGCCUCGACCGCAGCAUUCUCCGCUGCCGUCUUUUACACCGCUACUGUGUCACGUCCAACAGCGUUGGUUGGGCCCUCGCCGCUUCCUUUCGCAUCCAUUUCUGUACAGCAGCGUCACCAACCGCUGCAGUCCCAACGCCUGGACUUCGGAGAAGUCCUUGCGUUUGUGCAGUACAAAGUCCUCCAGGCCCUGCUGCUGCCCACGCUAGGUCGGCUGCUGCUGGUGGCGCUGGUGGCGCUGCCGCUGCUGGCCGCCGCAACAGCCCUGCUGGUGGCCGCCUCGGGCGAACAGUUCGGGGAAGCCCUGAGGCGAUGCUACCAAGUCCUCAACAACGUGCCAGGUACCGACCUGACGUGUGAGACAGACCCGCGGGUCGCGGUGCUGCUGAACGGGCUGUAUGUUGCCGGGCUGCUCAGCUUCGCGGUGCUGGUGGGCAUGGUGGCGGACGACGUGAAGGGGGCGGUGGAGGCAGCCAAGUUUGGCAACUCCCGUGUUCCCGAGCGCAACCACGCACUGGUAGUUGGGCACAACCGCCAACUGCCCGAGGUAUUGAGGCAGAUGGCCCACAUCCGCGCCGACCGCGGCCCCCUCACCCGCCAGGGCCCGCUGGUGGUGUUGUCGCCGCUAGCUCGCGAGGAGCUGGGGGCGCUGUUGGAGGAGGAGCUGGGGCCGGCGGGGGCGGCACGGGUGGUGACGAGGCAGGGCAGCGGACUCAAGGUGGCUGACCUGCAGCGGGUAUCCGCGGGCCACGCCAGCACCGUCAUCUUGCUAGCGCCGGACGAGGAGGCUGCAGAAGGGGGCGAGCAGGAGGAGGAGGCGGGGAGCCGCGGCUUGACGCUGGAGGCUCAGCAGGCUGUCACUCUGGCCUCCCUGCAGCACCUGCGAGGGACGGCGCUGAGGUCGGCAGGCGGUGGGGUGCUGCAGCGGAAGCCGCAGACGGUGGUGGUGGCCAGCGGAGCGCAUCAGGAGCACAGGGAGCAGCAGGAGCUGCAGGAAUGGGAGCAGGCGGAUGGGGAAGUGGAGGUGGCACAUGUUUCUCCACUCCGCAACUUGGCCCGCAUACGCGCUCAGUGCGCCGCCCAACCUGGAUUGGGUGCAGUGCUGAGCAGCUUGCUGCGGCGGCAGCCGGGGGCACCCACGUUCCAUGUGCAGGAAGUAAGCAAGUCCUCCCAUUUGGUGGGCCUCACGUACGGCGAAGCUCGUCGCCACUUCCCAUCAGCCGUACUUUGCGGCUACUACAGCGCGCCCUCCUCCUCUGCUGCUUCCCCUUCCUCCCUCGCAUCCACCAUCCCUACUACCCCCGCGCCCGCCACCACUACCUCCGCAUCCGGGGACGCUGCUGCCGUACUACUGAACCCAGAUGGCAGCACCCUCGUCCAAGAAGACCACGCAUUCAUCUUUCUGGCGCAUCAAGAGGCAGACCUGCGCCCCUCAGCACUACCACACCCGCCCACGGCGCCUCCCGCCGCAGCCACAACCGCCGCCGCCGCAGCAGCCACAGCAACAGAGGCGAAGCACGAGCAGGAGGUUCUGGAUGGUGCGGAGGCGGCCGCAAAUCGACGUGUGGUGGUGCUGGCGUUUGACGGGCGCUGGCCGGGAGACCUGAUAAAGGCUCUUGGGGAGUUCUGCCCGGAAGGAUCAGAAGCAGUUCUUGUGGCGAAAGAGGACAUGGCGGCUUUCGCAGGCAGCCGGACCCGUAAGAAACAGGCGCAGCUGAAGGUGUCUACGGUUGUGGGAGACCCACGGACCCGUGGUUCUCUCAGCGAGGCGGAGGUGCAAGAAGCGGAUGCUGUGAUUCUGACAGGCCUGGACGACGUCCGUCCUGACCUUGCGGAUGCCCAGGCGCUCUCCACGCUGCUGCAGCUGCAGGCCCUGCUGCAAACCCAGCCCGCACAACAAAGCCAGCGGCCACUGAACCUGGUGUGCGGCGUGACCGACCCACGGGUCCGUGACAUCAUGGAGUGCAUCAUUGCGGUUAACUCGUACGGCGGCGGCAGCAGCAGUAGCGAUGGUAGCGGUGCGGUUGCUCCUCGGAGGGGCCUGAUUCUGGAUAACAUAACGCCGCAUGAAGUGAUGGCUGGGGCGCUUGCGCAGGUCGCCUCGGAGCCGCGCCUAUCCGGCGUGUUCCAGGACCUGUACUCCCCUGAAGGCGUGGAGGUCUACAUGAGGUCCCCCGCCGUACUGGGUCUGCCGUACAACCAGCCGCUGAGCUGGCAGGAGGUCCAGGACAAGGGCCGCAUGGGAAGUGUAACCGUGAUAGGAGUCGUGCGCGGAAGCACCCCCAUCCCCGCCCCCGUAACCUUCACCAGCACCGUCGCCGCGAGCAGAAACAGCAGCAGCGGGGGAAGCUGGGGCGGGGGCAGUGCCCGCAGCAAGGAUGGGGGCAGCGCCCCGGCCGACCCCCGUGUGCUGCUGGGGGUGCAACAAAGCCUGGAGCUGCGGCCAGGUGACCAGCUGGUGGUUCUGGCGGAGGAGCCGGAGGGGUGUACGAAGAAGGAUUAACUGCUCCAGAAAGGAGCCGGCAUCGUGAAGUUAGUAAGCAGGGCAAAACCUCGACCGUUAUUGUUUUAGCUAGCUACACGUGUAGUCAUAUUUAGGUAUUGUCGGGGCUGUAGCUGUUUAGCUGGCCUGAGCUACGAUAGUGGAAUUGCAUGAUGGCGAGCGUGCGAGCUGAAACCGACGAGCGUAAUGGUGGGGGCGGGGUGAAAAAGAACAACAAGAGAAGAAACGUAGAGACGCGCGGGCGUGCUGCUUGGUUGGAUGCCUUGCAUGUUUAGAGGUGGU